CCCGCAAUGCUGCCCCGCGGGGUCCUCUCCCUCCUCACCCUCUUCUGUGCUUUCAGGGCUUCUGCUUCUGCGCUGGAUGAAGACGAUGACUACGACCUCCUGUACGUGAAUCUGGACAAUGAAAUCGAGGGUCCGGCUCACGGCACGGAGGAAACUGUUUCAUGUGACUGCCAGCGGGAGCACACCAAGUGGGACAAGCUCUUCAUCAUGCUGGAGAACUCGCAGAUGAAGGAGAACAUGAUGCUGCAGGCGAUGGAUGAGAUGCUGAAGGUGGAUCUGCAGAGCCUGAAAGCAGAGCUGAGCCAGCUCAGCACCAACCUCGUGGGCACCUUCACUGCCAUGGCUGAGCAAGUCACCUCCCACAUGGUGUCACAGGUAGAGCGGGCGCUUGUGAGGAGCAGUGACCAAGAUGAAGCAGCCAAGGGGCCCCAAGAGUCUGAGCAAGGCAAGGUUCUCCAGCACAUUCUGCUGCUAAGCCACAAUGUGUCCAGCAGGCUCAGCCAGCUGGAGAGCACUGGGCUGAGGAGGUCUGAGGUGGAGGCUCAGGAGACAGCUUUUCAGCAGGACAAACUCAGUGACACCAGAGGGGACAAUUUCUUUCUGAACUCCCUGUGGAAAGAGCUACAGCAAACCAGAGCUGAGCUGCAGGCGUCGCAGCAGUGGGCAGCUCAGCACCUACUGCCAGCAGGGUGUGAAACAGCAAUUCUAUUCCCAAUGCGUUCAAAAAAGAUAUUUGGGAGCGUUCAUCCAACUGCUGGAAUGACCCUUCACUCCUUUACUGCUUGUAUCUGGAUCAAGGUGACUGAGGCUUUGGACAAAACUAUUGUCUUCUCCUAUGGAACCAAGUUCAAUCCAUACGAAAUCCAGCUUUAUCUUAGCCAGGAGUCUGCAGUGUUUGUUGUUGGUGGCAGCCAGCAUAAGUUGGCUGUCGAAAAUGUAGUUGCUCCUGGAAAGUGGAUCCAUCUCUGUGGCACCUGGAGCUCAGAGAAUGGUUCUGCCUCCCUGUGGGUGAAGGGAGAGCUUGCAGGCACCGCCUUGGACUUUGCUGAUGCUCACACCAUUCCAGAAGGAGGGAUUUUGCAGAUCGGUCAAGAAAAGAACGGCUGCUGCGUUGGAGGUGGAUUUGAUGAAGCUUUAGCCUUCUCCGGAAGGUUAACUGGCUUUAACGUGUGGGACAGAGUGCUCAGUGCCAGGGAGAUUGCAGCACAGAGCAGAGAAGGUGGGUGCAGUAUCAGGGGCAACGUCGUCGGGUGGGGAGUCACAGAAGUUUUGCCCUAUGGAGGAGCCCAGUACAUUUCCUAAGUGCUGGUGAGGCAGUUCCUGAAGCAGAGAAGGUAUCCCAUGAAGAGCUGAACACCAGCACAUCCAAGCAAACAGAACUGUAGGAGCCCACAUCUCUCCAGUUCCCAAGAUGAGUGUUGCAAGUUUACACACCGAGAUGCUGUGGAGACGGGACUUGGUCUCUGCCUGCUGUUUUGGCAAACCACUGACAAAACACCAUUGAAGAGCUGUUCCUGAGGCUGAAGGAUUGCUGGCUGCCCAGCAGAGCUUCUCAGGUGGAAGUGUGCCACCGUGGACACUUGGAGCCCUGUGAUGCUCCUGGGUCCCUGCUGAAACAAACACCCCGGGUUUCCAGCUGCCCCCUCCCUGCACAGCUGACAGGAAGCUGAGCAGCCUCCCAGCUCCUCCAGCCCUUGGGCUCUCAGUGCUAAUGUGAAUUGUACAGCCAAGGAAUGCUGUGUUUACUAAUCCUUGUUAGUAAUUUGUAGACUAUACCAAAAACUAGCUCCUUGUGUAAAGCAUUAUUUAUGCCAUGGGUUGACCCAACGUAUAAAAGUAA